GCACAGUUCCAUGGGUAGAGCUCAUCGGGGCGCGAUGCACCCCAUCCCCCCUUUCUCCCUUUGCCGUCCCGCAGCCUGCUCCUUCCCGGACCGAGUGCUGACCUUCCUCCUCCCGAAGCUGGAGAGCAGCAGCGAGAGGACGCGUGUGGGGACGUUGCUCAUCAUGAGGCAGAUCAUCAACAGCGCCCCCUCUCAGAUGGAGAUUAAAAAGCCCUUUAUCCUUUCUUCAAUGAAACUUCCCCUUCAGGACAGCAACAACAAGGUGAGGCGCGCCGUGGUGCAGGUGAUCAGCGCCAUGGCUCACCACGGCUACCUGGAGCAGCCCGGCGGGGAGGCCAUGCUGGAGUUCCUGGUGCGGCAGUGCGCCCUGCCCUCGGACGCGCCCCAGAAGCCGCUGCCGGAUGCGGACAGCUCCACGAGCGACAGCGUGCGGAGCAUCAGCGUCAACACGCUCCUCCUGCUCAGCACCACCGUUGACCGGAUGAACAACGUGAGUGUGUGCCGGUGUCCCGUCACCCGCUGCUCUGCGGGGACGUCCCCUCCUCCAUCGCUGCCGUUGUCACCAUCCCGUCCCCUCAGCGCUGGACUCAGGGGGGGCUCAGUGUCAUGGAAUCACUAGAUCACCAAGGUUGGGAUGGACCUCCAAGAUCAUCCAGUCCAACCGUCCACCUACCCCCAAUAUUUUCCCAUUAAACCACUAAACCCCACUAAAUGCCCCGUUGGGAACUGGAAGAGGGAAGUGGUGAUGAGGUCACCGUCCCUGGGGUUGUUCAAACUGGGGAGAUGUGGCACUUGGGGACAUAUUCAGUGGGAUGGGUUGGAAUGGAAUUGGGGAUCUUGGAGGCCUUUUCCAACCUUGAUGACUCUAUGGGCCUCUUUAGGGUCAUGGUGGGGUGGGUUGGGGUUGGACUGGAUGACCUUAGAGGU